ACCCUAGUGAGUUUUUAUUUUCGUUCAACGCUAGAAAUUCUAUCACCACUCAGUCUAUUGUGGGCGCGUGUGGCGUGAGGCAGCAACUAGCAAGGUCAAGCAAGGUCUUUGACGCGCGAAAAAGUAACUAAAGAAAUUCUAGUUAAUUAAUUAAUAAAAACCAGGCUAUAGAAAAAAAAGUAAGAUGGCACAGCUGCUCAGACAAGUAGGCCCACAAGGAAGACAUCUUCUCAACAACAGCGCUCCGAUCACGAGCACCACGCAACGCCGUUUGCAGCACCAGACAAACAAACGAGAUUACGAUUUGGUUGUUGUCGGCGGCGGUAUUGUGGGUACUGCAUCCGCUCGUGAAAUUCUGCUCCGCCAUCCCACACUGAAGGUGGCCGUGCUCGAGAAGGAGCCAAAGCUGGCGGUUCACCAGAGCGGUCACAACUCCGGAGUCAUACACGCAGGCAUUUAUUACAAGCCGGGCACAUUGAAGGCUCGCCUCUGUGUGGAGGGACUGCAUUUGGCUUACAAGUAUUGCGACGAAAGAAAUAUUCCGUACAAGAAAUGCGGCAAACUAAUUGUAGCUACCGACGAGAAGGAGGUUAAACUGCUGGAAGAUCUGCACCAGCGCGGCAUUAAAAACAAUGUGCCCGACCUUCGCAUGAUCGAGGGUGAUCAGAUUCAGGAAAUCGAGCCAUUCUGCCGCGGCGUUAAGGCCCUACACAGUCCCCACACAGGCAUCGUUGACUGGGCUUUGGUUACGGAGUACUAUGGUCAGGAUUUUAAGCGGGCUGGCGGCGAUAUUUUCCUUGACUUCAAGGUAGACAAGUUCAGUGAGACAAAGGACGGAAAUGCCACAGAAUAUCCUGUUACCAUACAUGGCUCCAAACUGGGCCAAACAGUACGCACCCGUAAUGUGUUAACCUGUGGCGGUCUGCAGUCGGAUCUGCUGGCUGAGAAAACCGGCUGUCCACGCGAUCCGCGUAUUGUGCCUUUCCGCGGCGAGUACCUUUUGCUGGCGCCGGAAAAGCAGCACAUGGUGCGCGGCAACAUCUAUCCAGUGCCCGAUCCGCGCUUCCCCUUCCUAGGUGUGCAUUUCACGCCACGCAUGGACGGCAGCAUUUGGCUAGGUCCCAAUGCCGUGCUAGCGCUGAAGCGUGAGGGCUACAAAUGGGGCGACAUUAAUGCAUUGGAACUUUUUGAUGCCUUACGCUAUCCGGGUUUCAUCAAAAUGGCCAGCAAAUACCUGGGCUUUGGCUUCAGCGAAAUGUCCAAGUCUGCCUUCAUAGCACUUCAAGUGAAAGCUCUGCAAAAGUACAUCCCCGAAGUAACCGAGUACGAUAUAAGUCGUGGACCGGCAGGCGUACGCGCUCAGGCGCUCGAUAUGGACGGCAAUCUGGUCGACGAUUUUGUAUUCGAUCGCGGCGAGGGCAACGGUCCUUUGGCCAAGCAGGUGCUGCAUUGCCGCAAUGCACCCUCGCCAGGAGCCACAAGUAGUCUGGCUAUUGCUAAAAUGAUAGCCGACAAAAUCGAGGCUGAGUUCAGCAUAGGACGUCGCUAACUCUUUGGAAGGCUAGCUGGGAAAGUUUUCAGUCACAAUUUUACCUCAGAGCACUAUUUUUCUUGAUUAUACUAAUUCUGCAUUUGUCUUUUUGUAAACAUCCUAGUGCUUUUGUA